ACUACGUCAUCCAACCGUCCAGUCCAGGAAGCUGGAAAUUUUUUGUUAAACUAAAGUUCCGAGUCACUUUUUGACACCCCCGUUCAAACAAUAAGUUAUCUGUUAGCAACGCAACAAUAGCGAAGAGAAGAUAUAUUUGCCAUCAGUUUUCGAGAUAAUCUUUUUGAGUAAACAAGUCGGCGAACGGAAAACAGGAGAGGGCAGAACCGAGGUCGUCGGAGUCGCCACAUCAGUUUACCAAAGAUGUUAGCCUCAAGUCUUCCUGCUAAUUAUUGUAACGAAGUCCAUCACGAUGACACUGCACAUAAAGUGGACACGUACUUGCAAAAGCUUCAGUUGUCAGAUGAGGCUUUGAUGGAUUUGUCAGUGAGAUUCCGGCGAGAGAUGGACAAAGGCUUAUGCAGAGACACCAGCCCUACAGCUACUGUCAAGAUGCUGCCCACAUUUGUGCGCUCCACUCCUGAUGGAACUGAACAAGGUGAAUUCCUGGCAUUGGACCUCGGUGGAUCCUUCUUCAGAAUACUCCUGGUUAAAGUUAAGGGUAAUGGCGAGCAAAAAGUUGAAAUGGAAAAUCAGAUUUAUGAAAUACCCGAGCUUGUGAUGAGAGGCAGCGGCUCUGAGUUAUUUGACCACGUAGCUGAAUGUCUGGCUAAUUUUCUGGAGAAGAUGGGUAUAAAGAAUAAAAGGCUUCCUCUGGGCUUCACUUUCUCUUUUCCUUGUCAACAAACCAAAUUGGAUGAGAGUGUUCUGAUAUAUUGGACCAAAAGCUUCAGAGCAACUGGAGUAGAGGGAAAGGAAGUUGUCAACCUUUUGAGGAAAUCCAUCAAAAAACGAGGGGACUUUGACGUUGACAUUCUGGCCGUGAUCAACGACACAGUUGGAACCAUGAUGACCUGCGGCUAUGACGAUCAUCACUGUGAAAUUGGUCUUAUAGUCGGCACUGGGACCAACGCCUGCUACAUGGAGCAGAUGAGGAACCUUGAGGUGAUAGAUGGUGAUGAGGGCCGGAUGUGUGUAAAUACGGAGUGGGGUGCUUUUGGAGAUGAUGGUGCCCUGGAGUAUCUACGCACUGACAUUGACCGGGAAAUUGAUGCAGGCUCGCUGAACCCUGGCAAGCAGCUGUUUGAGAAGAUGAUAAGUGGGAUGUACAUGGGAGAACUGGUGCGCCUCAUCCUGGUAAAGAUGACCAGAGAUCAGCUGCUGUUUCAGGGGAAGGCCACAUCAGAGCUCCUCACCUCUGGAUCCUUCAGCACCAGCUACGUUUACACCAUUGAGACUGACAAAGAUGAAGAAGGCCAAGCAAAUGCUGAGAAGGUGCUGCGUGGUCUUGGUCUGGACCCAUCGGUUGAUGACUGCAUAGCUACCAGAAGAGUGUGUCAGAUUGUAUCUACGCGUGCCGCUCAUUUGUGUGCUGCCACUCUGGCUGCAGUGCUGCGGCAGAUCCGAGAUAACAAAGCAGCUGAAAAGCUACGUACCACAAUCGGAGUGGAUGGAUCGGUUUACAAGAAUCAUCCAGAAUUUCCCAGAAGACUCCACAAAAUGGUGCGGCGGCUUGUGCCAGAUUGUGACGUGAGAUUUCUGCAGUCCCAGUGUGGCAGCGGGAAAGGUGCGGCCAUGGUGACGGCAGUAGCCUACCGCGUUGCUGCUCAACAUGCCGAGCGGCAGUGCAUCCUUGAUACCCUGCGUUUGAGUCGCGAACAGCUGCUCGAGGUCAAGAGGAGGAUGACGGAGGGAAUGGUACUAGGCCUGUCUAAGCAGACCCAUGACCAGACAAGCGUCAAGAUGCUUCCCACCUACGUCAGAUCCACUCCUGAUGGAACAGAACAAGGUGAUUUCUUGGCUUUGGACCUUGGAGGCUCCAGCUUUAGGGUUCUUCUGGUUAGACUUCGAAGUGAAAAGAAACAAAAAGUGGAUAUGCACCAGAAGAUCUACAGUAUCCCUCAGGAGACCAUGCAGGGCACAGGGGCAGAGCUGUUCGACCAUAUCGUCCAUUGCAUUGCUGACUUCCUGGAAUACAUGGGCAUGGGAGGCGCAUCCUUACCUCUGGGAUUUACCUUCUCUUUCCCCUGUCAUCAGAGCAAACUGGAUGAGGGGAUCCUCCUGAAGUGGACAAAGGGUUUCAAAGCCAGUGACUGUGAGGGGAAAGAUGUCGUUAUGCUACUUAAAGAUGCAGUUCGGCGCAAACAGGAGUUUGACUUGAACUUUGUGGCAAUAGUAAAUGACACAGUGGGAACCAUGAUGACUUGUGGUUACGAGGACCCCAAAUGUGAGGUUGGACUUAUUGUAGGCACCGGCACCAACGCCUGCUACAUGGAAGAAAUGCACAACAUUGAAAUGGUGGAGGGAAACGAGGGUCAGAUGUGUGUCAACGUUGAGUGGGGCGCGUUUGGUGACAGUGGUGAACUGGACGACUUCUGCACACAGUUUGAUCACGCCGUUGAUGAUUGCUCCAACUUUCCAGGGAAACAGAGGUAUUUAUGUGUAUUUAAAAACAGUACUAUUGUAGAAACAAGGUGCUCUUUUCUUUUGCGUUGGUAAUUUCAAAAUAAAAAUCACUAUUUAUCGUCAUGAAUUUGAUUCUUCAAGGUUCAAAGUUCUUUAUUGUA